AUGACACGUAGAAGCCAAGCCAGCGAAUCUGGGUGUGCAGAAGUCGAAAAAGGGAACGAUAUAAAGAAUAAAACAGAAACUGUGUCAGUACAUGUGAUGCAACUGUGGCCACUAGCUAGUGAAGGUUUGGCAUGGGGUGCAAUGGAGGGUAGAGAGAGACAAAGGCAAAGGCAAAGGCAAAGAGAGGCCCGUGAAGGGGUGCGGAAAAGGAUACCACUUCGCAGAAAACUUCACAUCCUGCGAGUCCUUACCAACUCAAAUUCUGUUAAGAGAACCUCCAUUGCCAAGAGCACAAUUCUGCGCUUAUACAAGCUAAAGCUCGCCUUGGAAACUGUCAAGAGACACUAUGAAAACCUGCUAGCCACCAGAAGGGAGCACAUUAACCUAUUGAACUAUGUCAAAGAGAAAAAGGAUGUGAAGAUAGAGAAGGUCAGGGCAGGAACUUUUAUGGUAAAGGUCACAUGUGAGAAGGGGGGUAACAAGCUGGUGGCUAUUUUAGAGGCAUUUGAUGAGAUGUGUCUGAAUGUUGAACAAGCCAAGGUUUCAUGCGAAAAUGGGUUUUCUUUGGAAGCCAUUGCUCUUGCGGAGGACCAAACCCUGGAUGUAAGGGAUGUAAGUGAAGCGCUUCUAAAAGCUAUUGGAAAGCUGAGUGGUGAAAAGGACUCGCAGAAGUUUGACAAAAGCUGUGAUUUGUGA